AUGGGCAUGAACAGCUUGCUUCGAGGCGUAGCAUUGCUCGCUCUCGCCGGCCAUAUCGAUGCUGUGCCUGUGGUAUCUAAGGCCCAGACCACAUUCUCAUCAAAGGCGUCUUUUGUCCCGCCGGCGAUUCCUGUCACGGAUGUCUCUUCCCAUGCAACAUAUACCGGCCCUGAACCAACCACUACUGGGGCACUGUCAAACACCGUUCUUGCAUCCUCAGUCCCUGCUCGGCCUCCUCCUCCAGACUCUUUUAAGUACCCGGCAGAUGGAAAGCUCCACGGCCCUCAGCCAGCACCUUACACGCCCAGUGGAGGCAUUGGCACCAAUGGGUCUGCUCCAGUGUACCGGGUUCAGAGUGAUUUCGACUACCAGUCUCUUGCGCUGGCUCUCUACCAGGAGUGGAUCGAGCUUGAUCUGUUCCACUGGGGGCUGGCGACCUUCUCCAAGGAAGAGUUUGAGGCCUAUGGAAUUAACGCUGAGGACCGCUUUCUCAUCCAGUACAUGGCUGACCAGGAGAUUGGCCACGCUACCGUCAUCAGCCAUAUGCUCGGCCCUGAGGCACCGAAGCAGUGCACCUACAACUACCCAGUCUCCAAUGUUCGAGAAUUCAUCGACUUCAACCAGAAGCUUACUCGCUGGGGAGAGUCUGGCGUCUACGGCUUCCUACCCCAUCUCAACUCGGGUCCUGCAGCACAGAUGCUGUUGCAGAGCAUCACAAUCGAAGCCCGGCAGCAGCUCAUCUUUCGCCAGUUUGGAGGCCAGUUUGCCAUGCCCGAGUGGCAUACGCCUGGUAUCCCUCAGAGCUGGGCCUGGACUCUGCUCGCCCCUUAUAUCUCAAGCUGCCCCUACAAUCAAACCCGACUGGUCUGGCAAAACUUUCCCGCGCUGCACAUCUUGAACCAGCCCAAUCCGGCUCGGAUCAACGGGUCUGAUGUAUGGAAUGAGACGACCGGCGGAUACGCCAACACUCUAUCCACUGCCGAUAUCCCCGAAGAUGAGUUAUGCAUCAACGCAACGGACAAGACACUGGACUGUGGCGCAGCAAUCACUCAGAACCGCAGCAUUCCUCUCUCAUACGCCGGCCGCCAAGUAUUCUUGCAAUGGGAUGCGCCAGGCCAAGCCAUCGGACCCAACAAUAGCUACAUCACGUCAACCAAUGUCAAGGAGCCCAAGUACGCCGCCUGGGUCUCACAACUCAACGUCACAUACUCGCCGCUGCAGAAUAUCAGCAGAGACGACAGGACGGCUUACACGAUCCAGCCUAACGUCUCGACCUGGGCAGGCGACCCGGCAAUCAAUGGGACCAUGUUCCUGGCGUUGACGGAUACAGACCUUUAUGUUACGCCGUACAACCUCACCCAGAUUAACCCGCACGUGGCGGCGCUGGCGGUCUACCAGGCUGGCUAA